AUGUCAUUGUCUGCCAGUGCUACCAAUAAUAUCAAUAGAGCUAAAGAGUUGUUCAAGAAGCUCAAGGAAGAAGAUCCAUCAAACAAACAGUGUUUCGAGUGUAGAUCGGCAAAUCCACAAUGGGCAUCUGUAUCAUACGGUAUUUUCAUUUGUUUGGAGUGUAGUGGUGUUCAUAGAAGUUUAGGUGUACAUCUUAGUUUUGUUAGAAGUUUAACAAUGGAUCAAUGGUCGGAUAAACAAUUGGAAAUGAUGUCGGUCGGUGGUAAUGCAAGGGCAAGAGAGUUCUUUAAGAAGCAUGGUGUGCCAGAGGGAUUGGAUAUAAAGAACAAGUACAACAACAAGAACGUUCAGAUGUACAAGGAGAAGAUUCUCGCGUUGGUCGAAUCAAAGGUUUGGAAGGAACCGGAACCAUCGUCUUCCUCCUCAUCGAGCAGAUCGACAUCCACCUCCUCCUCUGCACCAUCGUCAAGCAGCUCAACACCAACCACAAAGAAACCAACACUUAUCAGUAAAGGUUUUGACGAUUGGGACGAUUGGGAUUCGAACAACAACAGUUCACCAAAGUCAUCUUCUAAAUCAACAUCAUCAUCCUCUUCCUCUUCUUCUGUUGUUAAAAAAGAUAAAGAGAGAGAAAGAGAAAGAGAGAGGGAGAGAGAAAGAGAUAGAGAUAGAGAAACUUAUUCAUCUACAACCUCAAAGUCAUCACUUACCAAUAGCAGUGGUGGAUAUAAUACCGGUAGUAAAUCAUUCUCAAGUGAAUCGUCGUAUUCUUCACAGUCGCAACAAUCGUCGAAUUCAUCGCAAUCCUAUUCAAGCUCUGCCAAGUCAUACUCUUACAACAGCAAUAACAAUAGCGGCAGUAAUACAAAUGAUCAACGUCUCAAACAGUUUAGCAAUGCUAGAUCGAUAUCUAGUUCCGACUACUACGGUGAGUCCGACGGUGGAUACAACUCGUCGAGAGGUGGCGGUGGUGGUGGUGGAUACAACAACUACUCAACAAACAACUCAACACUCGACUAUGGUUUAUCAUUGUUGGGUGAAGGCAUUAGUAAACUAUCUGUUGUUGCCAAUACUGUUUCAAAUAAAAUACAAGAUGGUACAUUGCUAAGUGAUACCUCAACGAUGGUAUCUACAUAUAUUCAAAAAGCAAAGGAAAUGGUCAAUAACUAUGAUGAUCCAAGAUCGUCGUAUGGUGGCGGUGGCGGAAACGGCUACAAUUCAUAUAAUUCCUAUGAUAACAGUGGAUACAAUAGUUAUAACAAUAAUGGUAAUAGCAUGAGAAGUAGCAACGACGGAUAUAGCAGUAACAAUAGUAAUAGUAAUAGUAGUAGAGCGAGCGGCGGAAUGGGUAAUAAUAAUAGUAAUAACAGUAUGAGAUCAUCAUCUGGUUCAAACUCAACAAAGAGUAAUAGUAACAGUGGUAAAUCAUCAUCAUCAUCAUCUAAAUCACAAAAGAAGUCAAGUAAACCAACUACGGUUGCUGCCGACGACGAAGAGUUUGUAGGUUGGGAUGUAAAGAGUGAUGACGAAGGUGAUGAGGAUAACGAAGACGAAAGCAAUAGCAUUAGAAGCAGCAAUAGCAAUAAUAGCAGUGCCAACAACUCCAAUCACAACAGCAAGCCAAACAGUGACAACGAAGACACCAAGGAUUCAUGGGUAUGGGGUGAGGAGGAAUCUACUUCAUCUGCCACCAAGUCAUCGUCAAAGAAAACAUCAUCAUCGGAAUCAACAACACACACCAAAGCAUCAACCAAAUCAUCAUCAACCAAAAAACAACAACCACAAUCAGAUUGGGAUAAUUGGGAUAACGAAUAA